AGGGUUCGAUACCCUGCAUCUCCAUUUUUAUUUUGUAUUUUUUCCUUCCCUCGAAAUCUGGUUUGUUCAUCUAGUUUAAAUUGGAGCUGCCUAAACUAAUCUCCAUAUUGUUCUUCCAAGCCCAAAAAAUGGCAGUCGUCAGAUAUCGACAUAUUAUCAUCACUAAGUUCCCAUUUAGCUUCGUCUUUCACCAACGUUUUAGCUCCUUGACUUCCGAUUCCAUCAACCCCACGGCGGCGCCACCGACCUCCGCCCCCCACAACAACAUUGGAUUGGCAAUUGACCCGACACACCUCCGCCGCGUCUGUACCGUUCUAUAUCAGCAGCAGAACUCCUCCGAUCUCAGGCUUCACUCCAAACUUCGCGCCUGUAGUUUCAACCUCUCGCACGAAUUCUUCCUCCAGGUCUGCAACACCUUCCCUUUCUCAUGGCGACCCGUUUAUCGCUUCUUCCAAUUCACCGAAACCGACCCGAAUUUCACUCACACGGCGGUCUCUUUCAACAAGAUGAUUGAUAUUGUUGGAAAAUCUCGAAAUAUCGAUCUCUUGUGGGAUUUGAUUCAGGAAAUGGGACGGCGGCGUUUGGUGACGGAUAAGACCUUUGUUGUUGCUCUGAGAACGCUGGCGGCGGCAAGGGAAUUGAAGAAAUGUGUGGAGCUUUUCCAUUUGAUGAAUGGAUAUGGAUUUGGUUAUAGCUUAGUGACUCUGGGCAAAGUUGUUGAGAAAUUGUGUGGCUGUAAACUUGUAGAUGAGGCUAAGUUUGUGGUUUUGAAAUUGAAGGAAUGGAUCAAGGUUGAUGGGGUUACUUACAAGUUGUUGAUUAAGGGAUUUUGCGAUGUGGGAGAUGUGAUUGAAGCUUCAAAGAUUUGGAACUUAAUGGUGGAAGAUGGGUUCGAGGCUGAAAUGGAAGCUGUGGAGGAGAUGAUGAAUGUUCUUUUCAAGGCCAACAAAUUCGAUGAAGCUUUGAAGCUUUUUCAGGCAAUGAGAUCAAACAGGAUGAAUGAUUUGAUUCCUUCAACUUAUAGUCUUGUGAUUAAAUGGUUAUGCAACAAAGGCAAGAUGAGGCAGGCCUAUAAUGUGUUCGACGAAAUGCUUAAGAGAGGGUUUGAAGCUGAUAAUUCAGCACAUUCUUCACUAAUCUAUGGGGUUUUAGCUAGAGGGAGGAGGAGGGAAGCUUAUAACAUAAUGGGAAGAAUUGAGAAUCCUGAUUUGAGUGUUUAUCAUGCUAUGAUUAAGGGGCUUUUGAGGCUGCGAAGGGCAAGUGAAGCGACACAAGUUUUUCGGGUAAUGAUUGAAAGAGGGUGUGAGCCUAUAAUGCAUACAUAUGUAAUGUUGUUGCAAGGACAUCUAGGGAGAAGGGGGAGGAAGGGAUUGGAUCCAUUGGUGAAUUUUGAUACCAUUUUUGUUGGAGGUUUGGUGAAGUUUGGGAAGUCAUUGGAGGCCACAAAGUAUGUGGAGAGAGUGAUGAAAAGAGGGCUUGAAGUGCCAAGGUUUGAUUACAACAAAUUUUUGCAUUAUUACUCAAAUGAGGAGGGAGUGGUGAUGUUUAGAGAGGUGGGGAAUAGGUUGAGAGAAGUUGGGUUGGUUGAUUUGGCUGAUAUAUUUCAGAGGUAUGGGGAGAAAAUGACCACUAGGGAUAGGAGGAGAGAUCGAGCAACGGUGUCGUCGAGCAAGAUACCGGCUGUGUUGGGUUGAAAUGAUCAGGUGUUUGAGGUGAGAUAGGAGGAGAGAUUGAGCAAUGGUGUCGUCUCUGAUUUGAAAUUCCCUAUUGGAUUACUAAUCGCUAUGAUGUCGAGCAAGAUAUAGGCUGUGUCGAGUUGAAAGGAUCAGGUGUUUGAGGUGAGAGAUAGGAGGAGAG